AUGUCAAUUUUGUGUAAAACACAGCCACAGUUUCCUGUACAAAAACUACCGCCUGUUUUCAACAAGAGGCUUUUUAAAGCGCAAGCGGGCAUUGUACUUACGGACAAAAUUCUCUACAUUUUGCAACGUCCUCUAAGCCAUAGGCGAUCGACCGAGGAACUUCACACGAUAAAACCAGUUGUAUCGGCGUUGAAGGACAUACACAAAGGCCUUCAGUUCCUUAAGGAAGCUCUGUGCUUUGUGGUCACGUACGAAAAAUUCGACGCAGAUGUCGACAUCUCCAAGAAAAAUGGAGAGAAAUGCUUGUCUUGUUAUUACAUUUUGAACGGUUCGGUGGAAGCAAGGUAUGCGAUAAGCAACGGUGUUUUUAGUCAAGGCGAGAACUCGCCGAAAAACCCAAAUGACUGUGAUAUAAACUAUACUCACGUGGCAGGGGAAUAUCUGGGCUUAGUGUCCGGAGAUGGUCCAGAAUUUGAUUAUCCACCGCCUGAUAGCAUACGAACUAUAGAAGUUAGCGAGUUUAUACGAGUCGACCGCGAGCAGUUUCAUCGAGCAGUGAAAAAAGUUCAGAAUAAAUAUGUUCGAGAGAUUGAAAAUUUUAUUGAGGAGGUCCUUCCUUUAAAAGCUCUUCCUGCGGACGAGAAGAAGAAAUUAGUUGCUAUGAUGGCCAGACAGGCAAGAACAUUAUUUUAUACCUUUGUUUGUUAUAUACAUGUUUUAAUGAGUGUUUUCCAAGCUUUUCUUUUUUCCUGUCGUGUUUAUUUUUCGCGGCGGCGAAAUGCAAGUUUGGCUGUUAUAACUGAUCUCAUUACAAAGUCAAAGCAGGGUGUUUUGUUCUCUUUUGGAAACUAAAAUAAAAUAAUAUUUGAUAAGAAUUUUAUGUCUCCAAUGGUAACAAAUCGUUUAAGAAAUGAUGCUUGAUGUACAUAUGCAUGUAGGAGCAAAGUUUUAUAUUUUUCAUAGAUAAAACUGAAUUUGAAUUUUAGUUUGCAUUUUUAUGUUGCUUGUAUGUGAAUUUUUCAAUCGGCCUUGGACAAAAAGGAACCGUAAGUCUUAAGAGAUAACUGGUCUAACUUGUUAACAUAUUUUUUAAAACAUUAAUAAAAGCGAAAACUGUGCAUUUUAUCUUAACGACAGGCUGCCCAUUAAGUCCCAUUUUACUGAUUGUAAUUGUCGUGACCUAAGUAGGGGAACUUACGUUAGAACCAAUGACACGUUCAUUAUUUCGAAGCAAUUUAUUUUCUUAUGGUCAUUCUCUUGCUAUUCAGGAAAUAUAGAUUUUUGUUAAAUUUGAUUGAACCACAUGCUUACUCUCCUGUGUUUGAUGGUUGGAAAGAUCAAAAGUUUUAAUUUUGAUCCCGGCCUUAUCACAAUAUUUGGCUUUGCUUGUGACAUUUGUGUUUGUUUUGCUAAUUUUAAAAGCUUGCCAAAGCGGUUUUGCUUACUGUUUCUCUAGUUUGUCGAUUCUAAGACAAGCAUCCCUUUUAAGGAGGAGUAGAGGUUGUUACCAGAUGAAUGGCAACUUUUCCCUAUCACAUUUUACGUCGGCAAGCUUAUUUCCAGUUGAGCAAAUUUUCCUGAGUAAAACCUGACAUUAUGAGACUUGCGGCUAUGUCGUACUUUAUGAAACCCGAAAACAGAGGGACACUUAAUAUUACAGCCUUAGUUUCGAAAUGUGCUAAUUUUCGUUUUUAAUUUAUAUUACUCAAUUACUUGUUCUCCUCAGGAAUAUCCAGCGGGCAAAGUUAUUGUGAACCAGGGAGAUCGGCCAGAACAUCUAUUUUUUGUGGUAAAAGGUAACGUCGAAAUGUCCUUAUGAAAAAUCUGUUGAAUGCAGGUUGCUUUACGUUUUUUAAAGACAGCAGUCUUCCUUGUACUUUCUCACACAGCCGUUCUUUGCCUUCCCACGCAUCGCUGUUGCUAUCCCCGUCCUCACUUUGUACAAAAUACGUGACCAAAAGAAGCGACGUGUUCCGGGGGAAAGAAUGUGUUGUAGCGUGACGUUAUGAGACUGUCUGCUCCUGAAACCAUUUUACUUAUUCACUUAAGGCCAAUGCAGAUUGACUCUGGCGCCUAGCCUUCUAAUCGGUGCGUUUCCGGUGAAAACGCUUCAGCGUAUUUGUGUGGACGGAAGGACUAAACGCAUCGAAAUGUAAUUGCGUUCUCAAACAAAACGCAUCGAUUUGAAAACACUCUUGAAAGUGGAUCAAAACAAAAACGCAUUCAUAUCGUAUUUGUGUCGACGGUCGAAAACGCAUCAAAAUGAAAACGAUGACCGAAAAUAUCGCAGGCGCGUGUGUUUGUAGCGCGCGCGUAGAGUUUAACUUACGUCACAACGUGCAAUCCUAUCGUUUUUGAACGUUUUAGUGUGGACAGUCGAAAACGUAGCAAAACGGUAGUGUGGACGCGAAUCGAUUGAUGCGUUUUCGAUGACAACGAAAUCGCAUACUUUUGAAAAAGCGUUAGUAUGGGUAGGCUAGGCCUUAUUCUACUUGUGUAAAUUGAUUAAUUCAGGUAGAUGUCAGUACUACAGAAGCGUCUUUAUUGAAGAGGUUAACAGAGAAGAAUUGGUGAAACUAGGACAAAUUGAAAAAGGUAAGUCACACAACGAGUUGCAAAUCCUAUAUAAAAUCGUUAAGUACAUUAACGCUCUUACGAUGAUAUCCCAUUUAGGAAGAGUUAAUCAUGUGUGUGCGACCCAUUAGAAACGGCUGAAACGAGAAUACACAACCUUCAUUCGAAAAAACAAAUAGAUGCAACACUUACAGUACUCUCCUUCCAAUAUCCAACAUUGUCACGACUUGCGGCUUGCAAAAGCACGUGGACGGCCCAGAUUUCUUUCUUGCUGUAACGCAGGGGGCUAGGACGAGUGGAGACUAGACAGCCUGCACAAAGCUUACCUGCGAUCAGGCUUUUUUUUCGGGGAAGCGCGAAGGCAAAGAAAAAUAGGAAGAAAGACCACCUGAUAGCAGGUUAAUAAGUGAGGGACGCUUAAGUGAGUUGCAGAAAAGCAAACAAGGAAGAGUCCCAUAUGCAUUACCCCACUUAACCAGUUUUAAUUGAUUCAUUAUCUUGUAGGUCAGUUCUUUGGCGAGUCAACUGUUCUUGACUCCAUUCCAUGUUUUUGCAGCGUUGCAAGCAUUGGUCCAGUCACUUGCUUCCUUGUUAACAAGUAACUAAGUUUUUGUUUUAGUAACAGUUACUUAUGUUCAAAAAAAUAACUGUUUUUCGCAAAAUUUACUUAAAAAAAGAGUUUAGGUUUAGAUUAGAAUCGCUUUGGUUCUUUCAACUAACAUCUUUACCGUGGCGUCAGCUUUGAAAACCUGCAGUAGUUGGAAACUAAGACCAUAAAACUUCUUCUUAGGUUCAUGUGACCGACAUCCUGCAUUAACUGCUACGGACUGGAAAGUAGGAUAGUUGGACAUAAAUGUAAAUAUUUUAAGCCCGGUGAAUUAAAAUAAGGACUUGCUCCAGUGCUUUGAAAUACUGGUUUGUGUAUUUGUUUAUGAGUAGCAUGCAAUGCUAGAGCUAGAAAUUGAUUUUCGUCAGAGAAUUGCGAAUUCCAAGACUUGAGAUCAUUUUUCAUCAGCACUAAGCGUAAAUUAAGUUAUCGAUCAACAACAUAACGUGGUUAUAUGCCAGGAAUUUAAUUUAAGAAAAUGUCUCCUUUUGUGUACUUUUUAGUUGGGCGUUAAAAGCAAACGAAAACAUCAUUCGCAUUCUCCGUGAAAACCGUCGCUAUUUCUUCAACGAUGCCGACAUCAAGCAAUACAUCCGAGACAGUGAUGUCUGGCAGAGCUUUAAAAGGUGCACAAUAACCGAGCUCCUGGAAAUGGCGGGAAAAUGUAACACGGCAAUCGAUAGGAACGAGAUAACGCCCAUACUCUCAAGGGCUGUGGAAUACGGAGACGCCAAAAGGUAAUCAGAGUUUUUAUUUUUGUUAGCGAGUGAUAAAUGAAUGCAAAUUAUUGGAAAAUGUGGUCUACCAGCGGAGGUGAUGUCCUACACCCAUCACCGUUGCUAGACGCCUUUAUGGGGUCAUCAUUAUCAGUAUCUUCAUAGCUCUUAAUAUGAUCAUCAUCAUCAUCAUUAUCAUUGUCGUCAUCAGCGUCAUUAUCACCAUCAAUUUAUCAUCACGACCAUCGUUAUCAUCAUCUCUAUCAUCAUCAUCAUCAUCAUCAUCGCUAUAACCAUCAUCAUCACCAUAAUAAUGAUAAUUAACAUCAUCACCAUCACCAUAAUUAUCUUCAUCAUCGUGCUCAAGAUCAUCAUAAACAUGAUCAUUAUCAUCAUCAUCACCUUCACCACCACCACCAUCAGCAUCUUCAUGUUCAUUUUCAAACAGGGCCUUUCAAGAGCCAGCACUGCCAAGUUUGGCAAUUCACUGUUCCCCCCACGCUGAUUCUGAGGACUGUUGAAACACGUGUCCAACAAGUAAAUAAUAAACCUCUAAGGUCUUGUUUUCAUUGAAUCCUUGCAGGAUUUCGUUAAAAAUACCAAACCACGAUGAUGAGGUUCCUGGCGCACCGAAGAAAACCGAGCAACUCUUCGUAACACCUCGGUCCUCAAGACGAAGAUCAUCCGCCAUUUUGAAUUGCAGCGCUGCUGCGGUCGUAAAAGCCGUCCUGUUACUAAGAAGAUCAUCGGAGGAUAACAGUGACAACACAACGCCCCCUUCAUUCCCCUCAAACAGAUCCAGCCCAUUUCAGGAUCUGACCAAAUUCAGGACGGCUGAAAUGUUUAAACCUAAGAGUGCGCCCACGAGAAGGUCUCGUAAAUUCCAAGAAAAAUCAAAGUCGCCAACACUAUCUCGCCGACCAAAGAGCUUUAAAGUAACCAAGGAUGUGUUACGACGUCCGAAAACUACAGAAUUAGCUUCUGCAAACACAGAUCAGUUACCACGCUCAAAAGUAAGAACUGCAGUGAAAACUGCGCGAUCUCAUAGUGGAAAAGAGAGGAAAGAGGAGGAAAGAGGAAAGAGCAAGAAGCAGAACAGUCAAACUUUUAAACGGAAUAAAUCCAGGAAUUUCAAUGCAUUUAUUGGUACAAAUGUAAAUUCAGAAAAUACUAAAACGCCCCCGAAAGAAGCUACCAUAAAUAUGAUAAGUAGGGCAGAUAGCCCAGGGUUUCUUCCUUCUGUUGCAGUUGAGAAAUCUGUCGCUCACAAACCUAAUGUAGUUAUCAAAGAAAUCAUCAACACGGGAAUUCCCGGUCGACGUUUUUCGCCCAAAAGCUACCGUCGAUUUGAUAGGAGCAUCUUUGACGUCCUGGAAAAAACGUCCAGCCAGGAUCCCAGCUCAUCGGAUGAAGAAAAUUCUGGCGCCAAGAGCCCGGGUUUGAAUCUAUGGAAUGUUUCUUUCGCCGCUAGCAAGUGGAUGGGCAAUGUUCGACAACGGAGGAAGAGUGAACGCGCUCAGGAGUUAAGCGACGACACAGGUCAACCACCCAUUAUCGUGAUUGAAGAUUGGUCACCUGAUACUGGGUCAGCAACCGAAGGAAAUGACAAUACUGACGGAUCACAGCUGGCCCCAGGCCGGAAGACACCGACGAAGAGGACGAGUCGAACGCCGACUCCUAUACUGAAUGACGUAACAGAAGAAAGCGAAGAAGAGAUCAGGAAGUAUGAAGAUGAACUUGCGCCUUCUGAAAGGUACAGUUAAUGUUACUGGUAAAUAAAGUUAAUUAUAUCAUUGGUAUGACACUUAAGGAAAAUAAUAAAAGUUUAUUUGUAUUCCACAACUAGCCUAAAGAUUUAAUAGGACCUAAUAGUAGCAUCAGCUACCCUUUCUCGGCCUUACUGCGCCCACCGGCUGAUUUACCCAUACUGAUAUAUUUGUGUGUCACCUUUCUUUAUUAUUUCGAGCUUCUUCGCUCAGUAGUUGGCUCUUUAUCUCGCUGCUUCUACUUGGCAUCAUUGCAAAAGAGGACCCACACAUCGAUAUGAUGCAGUAUGGGUUAAAAAUAGAAGACAUUUUCCGUGUUUGCAUAGCCUGAUAAGAACACGAGAGGGGUUGGGAGAAUUCGAGACAGUUAUGUAAACCCGAGACGAAUUCGAGGGUUUGCGUUACUGUCGAGAAUUCACCCAACCCCUCUCGUGUUUACAUCAGGCUAUACAAAUACAGGAAAAAAGUGUUGUAUUUGUUUCAUAAUUAACUUUCCAAGAGAAAACGCAAAAUUCUUUGUUAUGGCCCCGAUUAAAAGAGCAAUUCUUACCAGUCACGAAGUCUUAGGCGUGUAAUUGUGAUUUGUCCUUGUUUUGCAAAAACGAUGCUUUCUAAAAAACGGAUUUUUCUCGCUUAAAAUGUCAGCUUAAGCGAACAAAAUAUACACUCCAUGUUCGUAAUGAUUUUCCACGUUUCAGCCGACGAGGAAAUGGGUAAAUAAAGUGAACUUGUCGAGUUUAAAACUCAAAAAAUUUUUCACAUUCGUGCUUGCGUGAUUAGCGCCCGAAAAGCAAAACAUCUUGACGUCACAACCAUGUUGACAUACAUGCAAACACGCCUCUCGGCCAAUCAGAGCGCGCGUGCCAUCUUAGUUGUAUAAAAAUGAUAUCAAACUUACCCUUGUCAUUGAACUUAUACUUCAAGCUUCUAAAGGAAUGAGUAAGACUUGCAGUGCAGGUCGUUGCUCUUAAAAUGUUUUGCAUCUGGUAUAGGAUAGGAUAAGGAAACCGAAAGCAAACGUGGAAUUGCACACAUUUAAGGUAUAUUAUCCCACUGAUCAGCAGUUACUAGAUUUAGAUACCCAGUAAUGCAAAAAAAAAAAAACAAAAAAAAAAUNAUCCCACUGAUCAGCAGUUACUAGAUUUAGAUACCCAGUAAUGCAAAAAAAAAAAACAAAAAAAAAAUCUGUUGUCCCAUUGGCUACUUAAAGGGACACAGUCAGCUAUGGGACCGCGCUAAACUGGACACUACUUUUGACGGUUUGAAAAGAGUUUACCUCAACCCGGAAUCAAAUGUACGCGUCGGCUACAUCUAGAAAUCCGCUUCAUUCUUGCCUAGUUUUUCAUUCGAUCCUCGAUCUUUAACAGAAAACCUCUUUUUGAGCAAAUUUAACCCAUCCUAUGACAUUAUUUUAUCAUAUUUGGUUAAAAAUAGUAUCCAGAGGAACAUGAACAGAAGAGGUGAGAAACGCGUAGGCGCCGGGCGGGAGAAAUUGCGUUCGUUUACCAAAAUAACAAAAGAAAUGAAUCAAUAACAUUGGCGAGCAAAUAAUCGUUAUAUGUAUUUGGAAAAUCGAUGGAAAGGGUUACAUACGUUUGGAAAAACCAAGCUUUCUCUAUCUUGAAAUGGUAUCUAAUGCGCAUGUGCAUCAGCUGACUGUGUCCCUCUAAUUUACACCUCAAGCCUAUACUGAAGCAUAUGUUUACAUAAAGGCCUUCCUCACUAGCGCACAAGCUUCUUAUGCUUAUGUUUAUGCUUUCGUCGUUGGUGAGGACCGGCUAGAUUUUUUCUACCCUUCUCGUCCCGGCUGGAACAACAAGUGACAAUCAUACCCCGCCACUGAAUCUCUUCCGUGUUUUUGCAUGUGCUCCUCCUUAUACGCGAUCGAUCUUUUGGUGGUCGCCCUUAUUACUCUUUGCUGGAAUCCAUCUCACGGUAACUAUCCUUUCAUUGAGCAUCCUCAGGACAUGCAUGUCCAACAUUUUUGGAUUUGCAGUAUUUCAGUGAAAAUCAGUAUAGCAACGAGGAAGAUACCGUUUCGAUCUUGUGAUUGUUGAACGGACGUUUUCAAAAUUGAAAUUCACUUAUCUCGGCAUCAAAAAUGCUACUGGCCUCUAUAAUGUAAUACAAACGGGUGAAAACUCUGAUCCGGCUCUUGGAACCUGCUUAUACGUAUCAAUUGGAGACCUGCAUGGCAACCUCUAGAAACAUAUCCCAUUAAAUUGGACUUUAAUGUGAGUUUAAUCUGUGAUAUCAUUAUAGGCCCAACAAUUACAGUAUUCACAUUUGUUUCCAUUCAGUAAGGGGCAUUCUAAAGCUUACAGAAGCACCAUUGUUUUAUAGAAUCAAAGGAACACCUACUUUGGAGCAAUUGUUAUUGUUAGUCUUCGUCUAUUGACUACUUUUACUUUCAACACGCAUUUGUUUCCACCUAUUUUAACCCAAUCACACCUCAACCACAAGUAGCCUGUGGAUCCACGUCCCUUGUACCACUCGUGACGUUAUCACCUUAAAAGAUUAUUGACAUUGCCUGCAAGGGAGGAGGGGGUAGGGCGAGGAGGCGCGUUGGUAAAAAUGAUCUUUUGAGCCAUACAGCAUAAGCGUGUUUCUUUUAAACAUGCCAGAUAUCCUACUCCUAGCAAGCCUUUCCCGGGAGUUUAACACCUAUUUUUGUUGGUCGCUUUAACCCGCACCAUCUGCAGUCUCGACAAAAAUAGUUGGGACACCAAUAUUGGGAGGGCAAGAAGACGGAAAACUGUCCCAACAGUUUCGGCCGAGACUGUGAGUUAAGUCAGUUUUUUGGUCCUCUUCCUCUUCCUAUUGUUUUUGUCAAUCGCUCAAUUUUAAAUCUCGUCUUGAAUCGGUGCGAGUACGCCCAAAAUUUUGAGUUCCCUCCGACUUGCACUUGUAGUUUUUCUCGUUAUUGUGAAUUGUAUUAAAAGAAACGUAAAACAACCAAAAGUACAUAUUUCUGUUCAAAAAGGUCGCACCAACCCCUUGAAGGUUUUGUUACAGUUUUCCUUGCUAAUGUUGGAUUGAUUGUUACUUUUAUUUUACAUGCGCAGAUGGUACACCUCAAUUCACGAGGUUCAUGACCGAACGUUUGUCGUCGACUAACUAAAGUUCUUUCUACAACUUUUGAACCUCUUUGUUGCUCUUGCGAAUUUCGCGGUCUUCUUUUUCUGACAUUCACCCUUACUUCUACUUGGUCCGCACCUUCUCUGUUUCGAGGAGGAAAUAAGAACAAGUAAGACAGAGGAGAACAGCAUUUCUGAAAAGGUAGGAAUUACAAGAAAGAGUGGCGAUUUAGCACUUGUUGACUGCAAAAUUGAGGUCAAUCUUCCGAUAAACCUUUAGAAGUAAUUCAAUGGAGGUUUUUGCUUUAAAACUCAUAAACUUGUCACAUCUCAGAUAAGCAGUGUUACUGUUUCUCGGUCAAACGUGCUAUAGGUUAAAUAUUUUCAAAAAACCCGGCGUGUGAAAACUUUGUCUUCCAUUUACUGUUCUUUCGUUUUUUGAGAAGUUUUUCUAUCUAGCUAGGCUGGAAACCUUUAAUUAUAUGAGUCUAGGUCAGGAAAAACUCCACAAAUUAGGAGGCCAAUGCUCUAAACAUGAAAUAAUUAAGGUAAUUGAAAGGCCGGCGUAGUUCAUUUUGCUACCACAGCCAGAAUUAAUUAACAAAAGUUUGCAUACUAGAUAUACAGUAUCCUCACGUGGUUAUAAAUGAUCCUAAUGGACAAUUCAAUUAACAGAUACCCUCAUGGAUAACAUUGUUACCGUUUCUUACAGGAAUGACCAAAAGAAGAUAUAUUUCGAUCCCGUUUUUUUUCUCACUUUUUAUUUGAAAAAUCAGGUCGAACGCCCAGCAACAGGAAUAAACGUUCGAACGCGCAAGGUAUCUUUGAAUGCAGGUAGACGGAAUCGAUCCAAGACGUUUUCCGAGGUUAGUAAAGUUAUAAAAAAGAAAAAAAACCAAAAUGAAUAUCCAUGUUCAGACAUUUGUAAAAUUCUGACAAUGUCAGCCAAAGUUCUUGUUUUUGUGGUCUUAUCUUAAGAUUUUACUAUCUUUCAUGAUUUAUCCCUUUAGUUUACAAUGCUAUAUUUGGGAAUUAUUACAUUAAAAAAAUAAUGGUACCAUCUUUUCGUUUACUGGACUUCAAGUACAUGAGCUGAGAGUCCUCAAUAGGUUUUUAGGGAUCCUAGAUUUCAAUGAGUUACUAGAUUUGUACGGGUUGGGAUCCCCUCUUCCCUCAUUGUAAUUCCCCACUCCAAAAACUUUUUUUUAGGGAGAUUGGGUAUAUGCUUUUGGAGCAACGAGUUCUGGGAUCGUUUUGGCCGAACAAGCGUUACUUAUAAUUGGUUAAUGGUUGCCUUGAAUACCAUCCACCAAUCAAAACUAACGCUUGUUCACCCAAAUGAUCCCAGAACUCGUUGCGCCGAAAGCUUGUACCCAUUCCCCUUACAGUUUCUGGAGUGGGGAAUAAGGUUGGGUAUGCCCUGGAUCCCUACACAGACUAGUUUCCUAUUGUGAUUGAUAACUGGGGAUACAGAGAAAUCUCGCGCGAGUAAGAACGUGCAUUUCCUCAAGUUAGCCUAGAGAGGCUCUUACAUAAAUUGUAAUUAGCACAAAUUAAGGAUGUCUCUAAAGAGGAUGCUGAAUGUUGACUUAUCUCAUUUGCCCAGGUGUACAGCAUUUUUAAAAUAGAUUUUAGAAAAAAGAACCUGUUUCAAAUUUUAAGCUGAACAGGUUCUUGUAUUCUUAGUAUGCAACCAUGUGAUAAGGCGGCCAUGUUGAGGGUCAAUACAAUAGAAUUUACAUGAAAAUAGAGUUUAGUUCCCAGAGGAAAGAGAUGCUUCCACUAACAUGGCCGCCGUGACGUCACGUGCAAUAGAUGGGGAUAACUGGCAAUUUUAGCCUAUCCUGAAGUUCUUAAAAAAACAGGCUCUUACCCACGGAAUUUCCCCGAAUGGUUAUUUUCCGUGACGAGUGUGAUGACAGGUGGGACUUUGAACAGUCUUUGAAAACGAAGCGCUUAAAAAUCAACUUCUGGUUAUAACGUAAAUAUGUCAUUUUUCUCUCACUUGUUCAACAACUAUGCAAAUUUCUUGAAACAAAAGGAAUAUUUUGGCGGCAGAUACGGUAGAACAUCGAUUCAACGAACCUCCAUAUAACGGAACAGAAACUCGAUGUAACGAAAUCGUCAUUAUAUAACACGAACACAAUCCAGAAACGCAAACGUCAAAUAUAGCUCGAUAUAACGAAUAAAUUUCAACAUGUGACCAAAAGAUAGCUAAAGAUGUAUGCAAACAGACCAACGAGGAUGAAAUUUAUGUGUCAAGUAGUUUUAAGCAGUUUUGUUUGGGUGUUCUUGUGUUUCUUGUGCCGUAGCUGCGUACAGCUCAGAACUGACACAAUAGCUUCGGAUGCAAAUGUUUAUUACAGAAAAUUUCCAGAUUCGGAAAUGCUGGGCGUUGGAAAUUAAUCAUUAACUUUACCUCGAUAUAACAAACAUUAUGAUUGUUUUCUCAAAAAUUCGUUAAAUCGAGGUUUUCGAUAUAACGAACCCUCGUUAAAUCGAGGUUCCACUGUAGGAGUUCAAUCCUCUCAGGAUUUUUGGUAAACCAACAUGGCUGGUUUGGAACACCUGUACACCUAUAUGGCCGCCAUGACUCAUUGAAAACGAUUCAUUUUCAGUCUUGUGCCGAGUAAGUUUUAAGCGAAACAUUAUACCCGUACCUCUAUUCUAAAAAAAACGGCAAGUAACAAUUAUUCACCGAUUUACCACAACCAGCCACCGACACUGAGGUGAAUAAUUGUUUUAGUAUAUACUAUCCACUGUUUUAGUAUAUACUAAACUAGGAUAGUCACCGUAGACUAGUAUAUGAUGAACUUUAAUCAGUUUCAACCCAUUUUGUUUAAGGUUCUACUUGAACAAAAAAGAGAUGACCAGCGACUUCGUAGGACCCAGUCUCUUGGCAGGUUUCGCCUCCUUAGCUUCUCAACAUCGGAUGAAGUUUUAAGGUCACAGUCGAGUAUUGGUGAACAGUGGUCAGGGGUGUUUGAAAAUGAGGAGGAUAUUGAUGACACGCACCAACAAACUCAGCACAUUCGCGUUAAGUCCAGCAGAAUUGAAAGACGAAAUCAACUUCUUAGAAAGAAAAUGGAAGAACUAGAGAAAAACAUCAGACAUACAGAACAUUGUUCAUAG